AUGUCUAACAAAUUGUUAACACCAAAACAAGAACCCAUGGGUGCAGCAGCGAUCCAUGAUAUGAUGAGAGCUGCUCAAAAACAUAUCAAAGAUCGACAACAAGAACUAAAUUUCACUGCACCGGUAACAUCAGCUCAACAACGUUUAGCUGAACUUAAAGCAGGAAUUGCUAAACAAAUGGGAACUCUUCUUCCAAUUCCAUUAGAACCACGAGAACGACCUGUCAAUGUAACAAUUGAUAGAGAAGGUCGUACAAUAGAUACAAUUACAGGUGAAGUUCUUCAAAUACCAAGUUUAACACCAACAUUAAAAGCUAAUCUUCGAGCACAAAAAAAAGAUAUUAAACAAGAACAACCAAAACUUAAACCAGCUAAAGAAGCUGCUAUUGAAUAUCCUGGUCUAGAUGAUUCCGCUGAAUAUCAUGAUGGUCGACUUGCAGUUCGUCCAGCUACACGUAAUCGUCGAGAUUUUAAAUUUAAUGUAAAAGGUAAAUAUGAAGAAUUGGCAAAUCGUCAACGAGCAAGAGCAAAAUUAGAAAAAUUACAAGAAUCAAUUAAUCAAAGUUCAAAAAGAGCUGGUUUGGCAGUAGGAAAUAAAGUUACAAUAAUUCAACCAAAAAAAUUUUUCUCGGAACUUGAUGUACCUGAUAUUGAAUGGUGGGAUUAUGUAAUACUUCAACAAAAUAAUUAUUCAGCAAUUACUCCAGAUGCUAAAAUUCCACCCAUGUUAACUGGUAUUACACAACUUAUUGAACAUCCAAUACAAUUGAAACCACCAUCUGAACCAAAUAAACCAGUUUCAUUACCAAUACAUUUAACAAAACAUGAACAACGAAAAUUACGACGACAAAAUCGAGCAGAAGUACUUAAAGAAUCACAAGAAAAAAUUCGUCUUGGUUUAAUCCCAGCACCAGAACCAAAAGUCAAAAUAUCGAAUUUAAUGCGUGUUUUGGGUUCGGAAGCUGUUCAAGAUCCAACAAAAAUUGAACAAUAUGUUCGUAAUCAAAUGGCACAACGUAUCAAGACUCAUGAAGAAACAAAUGCAUCGAGAAAAUUAUCUGCUGAACAACGUCGUGAGAAGAAAAUUAAACAUACAACAGAAGAUACAACAACGGGUGUACAUGCUGCUGUUUAUCGUGUUCGAAGUUUAGAGGAUCCAUCUCAACGUUUUAAAAUAGAAACAAAUUGCAAACAAUUACAUAUGACUGGUUGUGUUGUUGUUUGUAAAGAUAUUAAUAUCAUCGCAGUUGAAGGAGGACCUAAACAACAAAAGAAAUUUCGUCGUUUAUUACUCAAUCGAAUUAAAUGGAAUGCGUCAUGUAAAAAUCGAAUGGAAGAUGAUGAAAGUGAAGAUCAAGAUAAAGAAAAAAAUAAAUGUGUACUUCUUUGGCAGGGUACCGUUAAAGAUCGUGCAUUUGGUGAAAUUAAAUAUAAAAUGUGUCCAACAGAAAAUUUUGCUCGAGAACAUUUUCGUCGUCAUGGUGUUGAACAUUAUUGGGAUAUUGGACAUAAUGAUUCAGUACUUGAUUCAUCAACUGAUUAA